AUGCAUCAUCUCAAGGCAGCAGCAAAUGUUGUCUCUGGAGGCUUGCUAUCCCGCCUGCAAGCAAGUCUACUUUGGGUUCGUCGUGCUGAUCAACACAGGCAUGGUACUCAACUGAAGGCUUAUGCAACUUCCAUGCAACUUCUGGAUGCUUACAUGUCUAAGACGGCUUCUGUACCGUCUCAUCACAAUAUCAUGAAGGACUUCCCAAGUACACUUGCCAUCGAUGCUGCAUUGUGUGCUCUUCGUAGUGGUGAUGUGUGUCGCGCUGUUGAGUUCUUGGAACAAGGCAGGACCAUCAUCUGGACCCAGAUGACACGACUCUGUACCCCUCUUGACAACCUCAAUACUCACGGCAAUCAUGCAGUGGCUCUAAUGAAGAGGUUCAGAGACCUCAGCUCCCUCCUCGAUAAACCUCCUGUGAACUAUUCAGAAGGGACUCCAAUAGUCAAUGUGGAAGCAGAAGAAACUCGGUAUAGACGUCUAGUGGAGGACUGGAAUAGAGCUGUAGAAGAGAUCAAAAAGAUUGAGGGUUUUUCUCGCUUCCUCCUUCCCCCACUAUUCUCUGAUCUUCAAGAUGCAGCUCAUGAUGGGCCUAUCAUCGUGCUUAUUGCAAGCCAGUUGUCCUGCCAUGCCAUCAUCAUCACGCACAAACAACCCCUGAUUAACAUCCAAUUCCCUACUGAUUUGUUGAAACUCGCCAAAUUGGUGCUCGCACUCCAGCAGGCAGUUCAAAAAGAGGCUAAUGCUAAUGGGAAGCAAACAGCGCUGACGAAAGCUUUGAGAGAGUUGUGGGAUGUCGUUGUCUGCCCAGUGAUCGAGAAUCUGGAUGUAUUUGCACGACGAGGUUCCCGAAUAUGGUGGUGCCCGACGUCUCUAUUCAAUUUCUUGCCAUUGCAUGCUGCUGGCGAGUAUAGGGCAAAGGGAAAGUCUGUUUCGCAGCAGUAUAUCUCUUCAUACACGCCCUCGCUCACCGCGCUGAUCAAGGCUCGCAGAAGCCAUGACAAGUCCCCGUCAGUGCCCUUCGGCCUUUCUCAUGCGCAACCAGCCACUUUUGCUCCUCGAUAUCACACAGAUGGAUCUGUCCUGGCAUGA